CUUCAUCAACCACCCACUCCAUUCUUUCCAACCAUCCAAGUCGAGUACAAGUCUAUAUAUGGCUACUGCUGCACGCUAGAUAACAUACUCCAAUGUCAACGAUUUGCGGCCGGUGUGCUACCAGCACUCCGAGGGCAACCGCAAUGCGGGCGUCGCGAAGCCAGCUUAUGUCGACACAGAACUUGCUCCUUGCAAGGAAUAAUUACAAUUACAAUGGCUGGAGGAAUCCCAAUAUCGAAAUACGGCGGCAGAGAUACUCGCUUCUCACUACGAAUCGGAUAAAAGACAAUGUGUUUGUCGCCCAUAUCUACACAGCCCAGCGAUAUGCCUCAUCAACACCAAAGUCAAAGGCCACGAAACGCAGCACGUCAGCGAGAUCGGUGACGAACAGCGUGUCAUUGAACAAAGUCAAAGUCAAAGCCAACGUCAACUUGAAGCCAGCAUCAGCAUCAACCUCUUCUUCCCCCCUCGCAUCGACUCUCAACCCACCGUCCAGCACGCGACCAGCUGAACUCGACCUACCCGCACCCGCCACCCCCGACGUCUCGACCACAGACAAACUAAAACGCUACAUCGCUAUCGGCCGCGCAUAUCUGGCAUUCUACAAAACCGGACUAAAAAAUGUAUACCAUAACUACAAAGCCUCCCUGCCAAUCCGCGCUGCGCUAGGUCUACCACGAUUCCUUCCUACCUCUCCUCCCAACGGACAGUCUAGUUCAGCUUUUUUGGAUAAGGUGGAAAAGGCCGGUGUCAGCCGUGCGGAUUUCCAGCUCACGCAUCGCGCGGCAUAUGAUAUCAGGCGGAUGAUUCCGUUUAGUCUGUUGUUGAUUGUGUGCGGGGAAUUUACGCCGUUAAUUGUGCUGAUGUUGGGGAAUGCGGUAACGCCAGCGACUUGUCGAGUGCCGAAGCAGAUUGAGAAAUGGAGGCGGCAGCGCGAGGUGCGGAAGGGUGCUGCAAUGGUCGGUCUCGAAAAUAAUAAUUCGGCGGUUAGUCCAGGUGAAGAGAUGAAGUGGCUGGCGAAUAGGUUCGGGGAUCGCGGGUUCGCAGAUACCGCGUCAGCAGAGCUGAUUCUCAGGGGCUGUGCGGUUUUCGGGCUGGCAAAGACGCAUCAAAGACCGAGCUGGUUGGUGCCGCUGGUUUACAGGCCGCGGCUCAAGCGGUGGACGGAGUAUUUGGAGGUUGAUGAUAGGCUGAUUCGGGGAGGCGGGGGAGUUGAGGCGUUGAGUGCGGAGGAGGUGCGUAUUGCGCUGGAUGAGCGCGGUGGUGUUGGGGUUGGGUGGACUAAUGGGAAUGUUGAGAGUGUUGAGGAGGGACGGAGGUGGUUGGCGGAUUGGUUGAAGAGGAGGUCUUGAUUGGGUAUCCUGAAGUGUAAGCUAUUGUGUAGAUACGUCGACUAUAUAUGUACAACAUAAAAGUAGAUACAGAGCUGAGAAUAAAACGCCGUCC